AUGAGCGCAGCACACACCACGUCUGCUCUGUACCCCUUCAAACUGCUGCUGCUUUGUGCCACUCUCAGCAUCCAAACCCUUCAUUGCUUUGGUGCUGGAAAUGAAUCCCUUUGCCUUGGUGGCACCAAGGAGACUGUGGCCAGCAGCAGGCAUGCCCGGUCUGUGAGCAACCUGCCACAGCCCCGCGACUGUGUGCUCUCUGCCUGGUCCUCCUGGAGCAGCUGUGAUCCUUGCCAGAAGAAAAGGUACAGAUUUGCCCUCUUGGAACAACCCUCUCAGUUCGGUGGAGAUCCCUGUGAUUACUCUGACAGAGAAAGCCAAGGCUGUGCCACAAACAGUCCCUGCAGGAGUAAAGUCAGCUGUGAAGGUUUCCUCUGUGCACUUACGGGGAGAUGCAUCACUCGGAGGCUGCUCUGUAAUGGGGAUGAUGACUGUGGGGACUUCUCAGAUGAAAGAAACUGCAAAAAAGUGUUUAAAAAAUGCAACCAGAAGAUGGAGCAAUACUGGGGAAUAGAGAAUCUAGCAAAAGGGUUAAAUAUCUUCACAAACAGCUUGGAAGGGUUGGUUCUUGAUCACAGGUACUAUGCUGGGGGAUGUUCUCCCCAUUAUAUCAUGGACACGAGGUUCAGGAAGCCGUACAAUGUUGAAAGCUACACACCAGAGACCAAAGGCAAAUAUGAAUUUACAAUGACUGAGUAUGACUCCUACUCAGAUUAUGAAAGCAGUGUCCUGAAGGCAAAAGCUUCGCAGUCUAGCUUCAGCUUUGGUAUAAAAAUACCACAAGUGUUUGAACUGGGUUACAACUCCAACGACAACAGGUUCAAGAAGUUCAUUCAGAGGAUGAAAAGAUUUUCUUCAACUUCCAGCAAAUUCAUUCAUGCUCGUUCUGAGCUGGCUGUGGCCACUUACAAGCUGAAGCCCCGAGCCUUGAUGCUGCACUAUGAGUUCCUGCAGAGACUCCAUCAGCUCCCUCUGGAGUACAGCUAUGGGGAGUACAGAGAGCUCUACAGAGACUAUGGGACCCAUUACAUCACCGAGGCUACCGUUGGGGGGAUCUAUGAGUAUACUUUAGUCAUGAACAGCGAUGAGCUCCAGAAGGCAGGUUAUUCUCUGAGUGAUGUCCAGAAAUGUGCACAGCGUGGCUUUAACAUUGGUGUCAGGAUUUAUGAUGUCUAUGGGAGCCUUGGAAUAACUGCAGCUGGCUGUAAAUCCCUUUUAAAAGAGGUUGGAGACAUCACCUCCAAGAAGCAGUUUGUGGAAGACUUCAUCGCCCUCGUUCGUGGCGGAGCAAGCGAGCACAUCACCACCUUGGCUUACAAAGGCCUGCCCACAGCAACCCUGAUGCAGGAGUGGGGAGAUGCUGUGCAGUACAACCCUGAAAUCAUAAAGCUAAAGGCAGAGCCACUGCACCAGCUGCUGACUCGCACGGACUUUGCUCAUGCCAUCGCCGUGAAGGAAAACCUCCGACGGGCUCUGGAUCAGUUUCAGCUGGAGACCAGCUCCUGUCGCUGUGCUCCCUGCCACGGCAACGGCAUCCCCUUCCUGCGAGGAACCCAGUGUGAAUGCUUAUGUCCCCUGGGCUACAGUGGCACUGCUUGUGAGAUCAGCAAGAGGAAAGAUGCUGCUGUUAAUGGAAAUUGGGGCUGCUGGGCCAGCUGGUCUCCAUGUUCAGGAGGUCAGCAAAGAAGGAGACGACAGUGCAACAACCCUGCCCCACAGAAUGGUGGUUCACCAUGCUCAGGGCCAGAUGCUGAGACAGUCACUUGCUAG